AUGAAUGACGGCAUGUGUAGAAGAUUCCUGGCUAUAAGAAACUCGUUUCCCGAUCAAUUGGUUAAUGGAGAGUAUAAAAUUAAUGAUGAUCAACAUUUCAAACAGUAUUGUAGUAAUCAAAAAUGUGAUAAGGAUAUCGAUAAAAUUAAUGCUGGAUGUUUAUUGUUAUUUAAUGAAUUGUUUGGGAGUACUUAUUCAUUUAAUAAUCAUGCAAAAAAUAACAUCGAUGUUGUUUAUUACAUUAUUAUAUGGUUAAGUUAUAUGUUAAGCCUAAAAUCACAUGACACUGUCACCAAUCUAAAUGAUUUUUAUAAUCAAUAUAUAAAUAUAAAUGAGAAGUAUAAACAGUCUAUAACUGGUGUUACGGGGUAUAAUAGUUAUAAGGAAAUCAUAGAUAAAAAAAUGGAUUUGUUGAAUAUGGAUAUUAAAGAUAUAUCUAAAUUUUAUGCUCCAUUUAAAUUAUUAUAUGAAAUGUAUACAAAUUUUCAUGAAAGCACGUCAAAUUGCAAAACAUGUUCGAAAAAUGCUAAUCAAUUUGUUGAAAAAUAUAAAAAACUCAAUGAAGAUUCUAAUAAUAAUGAUAGCAGUCCAUAUAGAAAAAUAUUGUCUAUAUUAUCAACUGAUUAUAAUAAUUUAAAAAAUAAAUGUAAAGAUGUUAAUGAUAGCGAUUUUCCAACCCUUCCAAAUAUAAAAACACCACAAAAUGGUACAAAAAGUUCUACACAAACUUCAGAACAACAUUCUGGACAAAUUUCUGGACAAAUUUCGGAAGAUCCAUCAUCAAGUUCGUCGAUAGGAAACAAAUUAUUUACAGUUUUAUCGAUAUUUGGUGCAAUAGCAUUUUUUUUAGGAAUUUCUUAUAAGUAUUCGUUAUUUGGAUUUCGGAAACGAGCUCAAAAGCAACAUUUAAGAGAAAAAAUAAAAAUAUAA